GCGAAGAGAACAGUUGCGAUUAUGGAUCGUCUGUGGACCUGGUUCCCGACACGCCGUCGGGGCUCUUACAGCCUAGCUGAGCCAGAGACGCCCAACAUGAACGAGGCUAAAGAGAAGAAAACAGGAAAGAAAAAGUGGAAGAACAUCUUCAGCAGGGACCGUAAGCCCAAAGAUGCAGGAAAGCUGCUGAAGGAGGAGGCUCUGGAGGACAAAGUUCCCCAGAAAAAAGAAAAGAAAAAGUGGAAGAACAUCUUCAGCAGGGACCGUAAGCCCAAAGAUGCAGGAAAGCUGCUGAGGGAGGCUCUGGAGGGCCAAGUGCGCCAGCAGCCAGAACGUGAUGAGGGUCUGGAGCUACACUCCAGCUUGGAGGACAUUUCACCUUGUGUACUGGAGCUCCACGCUGACACCGAGGCUGGAGCUCUGAAAAACACCAGCCUGAAUGAGACCAGGGUUGAUACUGAGAUGCUCCUGCCUGUGGAGGAGCUCGAAGCUGAGGCCGAAGCCCUGACUAACACCAGCCUGGAUGAGACCAGGGACAUCAGCCUGGAUAAGACCAGGGGCAAUGCUGAGAUGCUUCUGCCUGUCGGAGAGCUCGAAGCUGAGCCUGAAGUCCUGAAUAACACCAGCCUGGAUGAGACCAAAGACAACGCUGAGAUGCUCCUGCCUGUCAGUGAGCUCGAAGCUGAGCCUGAAGUCCUGAAUAACACCAGCCUGGAUGAGACCAAGGACGUUGCUGAGAUGCUCCUGCCUGUCAGAGAGCUCGAAGCUGAGGCUGAAGCCCUAAAGGACCUGAUCAAGACCAGCCUGUUUGAGUCAGAGGAGACCGAGCUUCAGAACAGAGGAGACACUGAAGCUGAUUUAUUCAGCAAUGGUGAUGAUGGUGGUAUCACCGGAGAACACGGCCGGAGAAAGAAAAUCAGGAGAGGAACCCGGGGACGCGGCCGGAAGAUAAACUACAAAAAGAAGGAUAAUAACGGAUCUGAAAUAAUAAACGAGGUGAAGGCUGAAGCAGAAGCUGAAGCUGAGGUCGCUGAGAUGAAGAACGUCCACCUUGAUGAGAAGGACUCAUCUGCUGAUCUGCUGAAUCCUGACCAACCUCUGGGUGAGGAAAGAAAGCAGUGGAUAGGUCGAGGUGACCCCGAGGACGGUAUGAAACAGAAAAAGAAGAUCAGACGAGGAACUCGGGGCCGCGGCCGCAAAAUCAUCUACAAGAAAGACGCUUCAAAAGCAGAAGAGAGUGCUGCAGGUUUUAAUAAUCAGAACAGCGACUAUGUGUGCACUAAAAAAACUAAUAAAGUACAACAGUAAACGUUGA